GGCUUGACAAAUUGCCUGGAUACAUUGGCGAGUAAAUUAAGCGGUGGUGAACGAAGAAGACUCUCUAUCGGCGUGGAAAUGAUCGGCAAGCCAUCCAUUUUCUUACUAGACGAACCAACAAGCGGACUUGACAGUGCGGCCUGUAAUCAGCUCGUUAACCUUCUGCACAAUAUGGCGAGAGCAAACUGUACUGUGGUUUGUGCUAUACAUCAACCUAGCAGUCAAAUGAUUUCGCUCUUUGAUGAUAUUAUGGUACUCGAUCGAGGAAGAUGUAUGUACUGCGGUCCAACGAGCGAAAUCAUAAACACUUACGGCAUUGCCGGGUUCACGUGCCCCAGCUUCUACAACAUAGCCGAAUUUGUGCUUGAGGUAGUAUCCGAGCAGAGGGGUGGAGAUUUAGAAAAUCUAUACAAGAUCUGUUGUAAUGAAUACGAAAAAUUUAGAUUACGCAGUAAACAUAAUAUGAAUGAAUUGAAGUCAUUAACUAAUUUCAAACAAAAAUGUGAAACAAACGAUACAGAAGCAUGUACAAAUAGCAUAAUACAAAAGAAAUCGACAUGGGAACAGCAAAAGGUUUUAUUUUUACGAGCUCUAAUCUGCAUCAAGCGAGAUAAUGUGA